GCUUGGCCUGGGCUCUGAACACCCCAGGGGUGUGACAUGGAGGGAGUUGGGUUUGGCUGACUCAUGGUCCCAUGGAGCUAAGGAGAUGGGUGACUUGGGCAUCUGCCCCCAGCUUGCUUAUGUCAUCCCCAGCUGCCUGCCUUUCAACCAGCUGCCUGACUCCUUGGCCCAAAAGUUUUCAGGUCAGAAGAGGAAGGUUCCCACCAGGAUUUCUUCCCCCGGCUGCCUGAAAUUUCCAGGUCAAGUACCUUGGUCCAGUCAUUCCUGCAAUAGCCUAGGAGCUUGGAGCUCCAUGUCUGACCUUCCAGUGAUGAUCAGGACAGCCCUCGUCUUUCUAAUGGGCUUGUCAUCUUCUCUUGGCUUCAACUUGGACACGGAAGAGCUGACAACCUUUCACAUGGAUGGUGCUGGGUUUGGACACAGCGUGGUCCAGUAUGCCAAUUCCUGGGUGGUGGUUGGAGCCCCCCAUGAGAUAAAGGCUGCCAACCAAACAGGCGGCCUCUACCAGUGUGCCUACAGGUCGGGCACAUGUGAGCCCAUCCACCUACAGGUCCCCCCGGAGGCUGUUAAUAUGUCCCUGGGCCUGUCCCUGGCGACUGCUGCCAACCCCUUUCGGUUGCUGGCCUGUGGCCCCACUGUGCACCACGCAUGCAGGGAGAACAUGUUCUUGACUGGGUUCUGCUUCCUACUGGGCUCCACCUCCCGGCAGAUCCAGAGGCUCCCGGCUACUCUGCAAGAGUGCCCAAGACAGGAGCAGGACAUUGCGUUCCUGAUCGAUGGCUCGGGCAGCAUCUCCUCCAACAAUUUUGUCAAGAUGUUGAGCUUCGUGACAGCUGUGAUGAGCCAGUUCCAGAGACCUAGCACCCAGUUCUCCCUGAUGCAGUUCUCCAACAAAUUCUGGACACACUUCACAUUCAAUGACUUCAUGCACCACUCAAACCCCCUGAGCCUUUUGAAUUCUGUACAUCAGCUGGGAGGGGCCACUUACACGGCCACAGCCAUCCGAAAAGUCAUAAACCAACUGCUCAGUGCCUCAACUGGAGCCCGCAAGAAUGCCACCAAGAUCCUCAUUGUCAUCACCGACGGGAAGAAAGAAGGUGACCCCCUGAAUUAUGAGGAUGUCAUUCCCACUGCUGAGGCGGCAGGCAUCAUCCGCUAUGCGAUUGGGGUUGGAUUGGCUUUUCAAAGGACACAUUCUUGGAAAGAAUUAAAUGCCAUUGCGUCGAAGCCCUCCCUUGAAUAUAUAUUUAAAGUGGAGAAUUUUGACGCUUUGAGGGAUAUUCAAAACCAACUGAAGGAGAAGAUCUUUGCCAUUGAGGGUACAGAGAUCACAAGCAGUAGUUCUUUCGAAUUGGAGAUGUCUCAGGAGGGCUUCAGUGCUGUGUUCACACCUGACGGACCAGUUCUGGGAGCUGUGGGGAGCUUCAGCUGGUCUGGAGGUGCCUUCCUGUACCCCCCAUACGUGAGUCCCACCUUCAUCAAUAUGUCUCAGGAGAAUGUGGACAUGAAGGACUCUUACCUGGGUUACUCCACAGAGCUGGCCCUGUGGAAGGGGGUGCAAAGCCUGGUCCUGGGGGCCCCCCGCCACCAGCACACCGGGAAGGUUAUCAUGUUCACCCAGGAGUCCAGGCAAUGGAGACCGAAGGCUGAAGUCACUGGGACCCAGAUCGGCUCCUACUUCGGGGCCUCCCUCUGCUCUGUGGACGUGGACAGAGACGGCAGCACUGACCUGGUCCUCAUCGGGGCCCCCCAUUACUACGAGCAGACCCAAGGGGGCCGGGUGUCCGUGUGCCCCUUGCCCAGGGGGCGGAGCAGGUGGCGGUGUGAGGCCAUUCUCCGUGGGGUGCAGGGCCACCCCUGGGGCCGCUUUGGGGCAGCUCUGACAGUGCUGGGGGACGUGAAUGAAGACAGGCUGACAGACGUGGUCAUUGGGGCCCCGGGAGAAGAGGAGAACCGAGGUGCUGUCUAUCUGUUUCAUGGAGCCUCAGGAUCCAGCAUCAGCCCCUCCCACAGCCAGCGGAUCACAGGCUCCCAGUUCUCCCCCAGGCUCCAGUAUUUCGGACAGUCACUGAGCGGGGGUCAGGACCUCACCCAGGAUGGACUGGUGGACCUGGCUGUGGGAGUCCAGGGGCACGUGCUGCUGCUCAGGACCAGACCCAUCCUCAGGGUGUGGGUGAACAUAGACUUCACACCAGCAGAGAUCACCAGGUCUGUGUUUGAGUGUCAGGAGCAGGUGGUCUCUGUCCAGACACUCAGCGAUGCUGCUGUCUGCCUUUAUAUUUACGCAAGUCCCAAGAACCAGUUCGGUGGCCUCCAAAGCUCUGUGACUUUUGACUUGACCCUUGACCCUGGCCGCCGGAAUCCCCGUGCCAUUUUUGAGGAAACAAAGACCCGGACUCUGACUCGAGUCCGAAUCCUUGGACUGGACCAGCACUGUGAAGCUGUGAGGUUGCUGCUUCCGGCCUGUGUGGAGGACUCUGUGACCCCUGUCAUCUUGCGUCUCAACUUCACUCUGGUGGGUGAGCCCAUGCCUUCCUUCAGAAACCUCCGACCUAUGCUGGCUGCAGACACUCAGAGAUACUUCACGGCCUCUCUCCCCUUUGAGAAGAACUGUGGAGCUGACCACAUCUGCCAGGAUGACCUCAGCAUCUCCUUUGGCUUCUCAGGCUUGAAGACCCUGGUGGUGGGGAGUACCCUGGAGCUGAAUGGAGAGGUGAUAGUGAGGAAUGAUGGUGAAGACUCCUAUGGAACCACAGUUACCUUCUUCUACCCGGCAGGGUUGUCCUAUCGCUGUGUGGCAGAGGGUCAGAAACAGCUGCAGCCGCGCUCCCUGGGCCUCACAUGUGAUAGUGUCCUGACUCGGAGCCAGAGUACCUGGAGCACCAGGUGUAGCAUCAGCCACCUCAUCUUCCGUGGGGGCACCGAGAUCACCUUCUUGACUAUCUUUGACGUCUCCCCCAAGGCUGUGCUGGGAGACCGGCUGCUUCUGACAGCCAAUGUGAGCAGUGAGAAUAAUACCCCAAGGACCAGCAAGACCACCUUCCAGAUGGAACUCCCUGUGAAGUACGCCGUCUACACCGUGAUCAGCAGCCAUGAACAAUCCACCAAGUACCUCAACUUCUCAGCUUCGGAAGAGGGGGAAAGCAGUGUGGUCGAGCAUAGAUACCAGGUGAACAACUUGGGACAGAGGGACUUGCCUGUCAGCAUCAACUUCUGGGUGCCUGUGGAGCUGAACGGGGCGGCUGUGUGGGUGGAGGCGGAGGUCUCCUCUCCCCAGAACCCACCCAUUCAGUGCUCUUCAGAGAGAAUGGUUCCCUCAGAGUAUGACUUCCUGACUCACAUUCAGAAGAAACCUGUGCUGGACUGCUCCGUUGCUGACUGCCUGAGGUUUCGCUGUGACAUCCCCACUUUUGGGAUCCAGGAGGAACUUAACUUCAUUCUGAAGGGCAACCUCAGUUUCAGCUGGGUCAGCCAGACACUGCAGAAGAAGGUGUUGGUUGUGAGCAUGGCUGAAAUCACAUUCGACACAUCUGUGUAUUCCCAGCUUCCAGGACAGGAGGCAUUUAUGAAAGCCCAGACAAAGACGGUAGUGGAGAAGUAUGAAGUCCAUAAUCCCAUCCCCCUCAUCGUGGGCAGCUCUGUGGGAGGUCUGCUGCUGCUGGCUCUCAUCACAGCCAUACUAUAUAAGGUUGGCUUCUUCAAGCGUCAGUACAAGGAAAUGAUAGAGGAAGCAAACGAACAAAUUGCCUCAGAAAAGGGGACAGCAGACCCUCAAGUAGCCCAGUGA